UUGCAGAGGCGGAGUAGGACCGAGUUAGUGAGUGAGCAGUGUCGGACGGAAAAAGGGGGGGGGGGGGGAAGAGGAGAGGUAGAGAGAGAGGCCACAGUAAGUCGAGAUGGGGGCCCAGUGGCAUCACUCGGCCGUUAUCAACGUUUCCUCCAUGACCGACGCGCGUGAAGGUCUGUUGUGCUAAUGCGUCGCGCGUUAGAAGUACGCAGUAACUCCGGUUGUGAUAUUCGAUUCGCCUGCAUAAUUGAGAAGCCCGGUCUACGGUGAAUGCUUAGGUUUGUGCUUGCAGUGUAUUGAAACCAACCCGUCCCAAAACAUCGGAAGACUCUGAAGCGUGGAAGUGAUCAUCUUGGACAAGAAAACUACUACAUUCGCAGGUGGUCUUCAGUAAAUAAACACCAAAAGUAUGGCGGUUGUAUUCGGCUCUCUGCUGGCCGAUCUCGCCUUGGUGGUAGCUAUCGUCUUCCUCGUGCUGUACCUGUACUGCAGCCACGCUUUCAAGUACUGGGAGAGGCGAGGCGUGUGCUAUGCCCCUCCAACGAUGUUCUUCGGCAACAUGGGUCGCUUUAUCCUGCAGCUGGACAGCCUCGGAAACUUCCUGCACCAUUUGUACGAGCAGCACAAGGGGCAGCCCGCCGUCGGGAUAUUCGCCUCGACCAGGCCCGUUCUGGUGGCCCUGGACCUGGACUUGGUGCGCGCGGUCCUGGUGAAGGACGCGCACGCUUUCCUCGACCGGUCCUUCUCGCCGCCGAAGGAGGCCGAACCGCUGCUCGCGAGGAGUCUCUUCGUCCUGAAGGGGAAAAAGUGGCGGCACAUGAGAAUCAAGCUCACCCCCACCUUCACUUCGGGCAAGCUCAAGAAGAUGUUCCACCUGGUGAACAAGUGCGGCAAGGAGUUAUUGUCUUGCAUAGACCAGGAGAUCUCGAAAGCAGGGGGAUCAGUUUCGGUGAAAGAUACAGUAGCCAGAUAUUCCACGGACGUAAUUGCAUCAUGUGCCUUCGGAGUAGAUGCAAACGCCCUAGCGGACCCAAAUUGUGAGUUCCGAGUGACCAUGAGGAAGAUGUUUGAGCCCAAUGCUAUCCAGAAAUUGGCCAACAUUAUAGCGUUUAUGGCACCUUGGUUGCGCAAAAUUAUAUCGCUGAGCAGUGUCGACGAUAGCAUUAAUAAAUUUGUCCGUGGUACGUUCUGGAAUGUCGUGGACUUCCGCAGGAAGAACAGCGUUGUGCGCAAAGACUUUGUGGACAUCUUGAUGCAGAUCAAAGACGAUGGUGAAGUCCAUACAGAAGAUGCGAAGGAUUUUGACGAAAUAAAGCAAGACAGUAAAUACAUGGAUAUGGACUACAUCAAAGCUGAGAAGUCAGAUAUUAAGCUGGAAGAUGAUGAUAUCGUAGCCCAGGCUUUCAUUUUCAUAAUUGCUGGUUUUGAAACUUCUUCCUCCGUCAUAUCCUUCACGCUGCUUGAACUGGCCUUGAACCCUUCAAUCCAGGACAGGUUAAGGGAAGAAAUACAAUCUGUUCUCAAUAAAUACAACUCUGAAGUUACAUACGAUUCAAUAUCAGAGAUGACUUAUUUAGACAUGGUUAUCUCAGAAGCGAUGCGCAAGUAUCCAACUGUACCUGUACUGGAAAGGAAGUGUCAACUAAAUUACAAGAUCCAAAAUACAAACAUAGUAAUAGAGAAAGGUACAGGUGUGAUGAUUCCUGUACUGGGUAUCCACUAUGACCCUCUCAUCUACCCGCAGCCACAUACAUUUGAUCCUGAAAGGUUCAGCCCUGAAAAGAAGAAAGAACGUUCCCAUUUCUCACACUUGCCGUUCGGUGAAGGACCAAGAAUAUGCAUUGGAAUGAGGUUCGGCAUGAUACAAGUGAAGACGGCCCUGGUUCACAUACUCACCGCCUAUCAAGUGAGGCCCUGCGCUCAAACUCCGGAACUGCCGCUUGAGAUGAAACCUUUCGGCGUGCUCACUCCGAAGAAGGAAAUCAUCCUGGACUUCCGCAAGAUUAAAUAUCACAGUCCGUGAAUAAUAUUAUUGUGUUACUACACUUUUUGAAAAUAGCUAGAAUAAUAGUAUACCUACAAUUCAUUCCUGGUUACUGAAAAUGCUUGCAAAAUGCCUGCCAUACAGGAAGUCUGCUAGCCUGACUCUGUUUGUCACCUCGCAACCAGCUUGCUGCAAGCUUUUUAGGACAGGUUUCAAUCAGGAUUGCCAUUAUUUAAGAUGCUUACGAGCUUAAAUAAUAUUUAAGCUUACAUCAAGCUUGAAUUAAGGUUACCUGGAAACAAGUUCACUAUAAUAUUAUUGCAAGCUUUAGAAUGCAGAUCUGUGUCAAUAGCACCAAAGUUAAGCUUUAAACGAGCUUAAAUCAUUCUUGAUACGACAAGCUUUAUAGCAGUAUAGUCUUACAUUGUUUAAUUAACUAAGAUAAAAUGUUCCAAUUGAGUAUUCUGAAGGACUAAAAUUUGCGUAUGCCAUUUUUUACUAAGAAAUUUUUUUCUGUUACAUACAUUUAUUUUGAUGUCUAUGAACAAUUGUAAUCCAAUCAUUAAAACGUUUUCCUCACAAA